AUGACUUUCAUCCGUAUUGAACAUAUCCCUCAGAUCAGCUACGCUUCUACCAGUGCCGAUCUCAGCGACAAGACGAGGUUCGAAUACUUCUCCAGAGUCGUCCCCCCUGACAACUACCAGGCCCAAGCUAUGGCGGACACUGCCCGGGCCCUGGGCUGGACAUACGUCAAUACCCUGGCCGACUCAGGAACCUACGGGGAGAAGGGCAUCCAGGCGUUUGUGGAGGCCACCAAAAAUUCCGGUUCGAACCUUAGCUGGGUCCGACGUUGUGUCUUUGGGAAAGGGACGUUCCACGAAAUUCCCAGUUGGCUAAGUCCUUUCGGAGUUGGACGUUAUCGCAGGUCCCGGCUCUUAAUUAGCCUAACAGUGUUGAUAGAGGCGUUAAACCCAUACCAUUGCACCAUUUGUGUCUUUUUUUUUCACAGCAUUACAAGCCCAUUAUUUUGUCGAUAUGCUUCUCUUUACAGAAACAAAGCAAACAAACACACUUCAGCACACAAUAAUAUCACGCUGUUUCUCCCUCUCUCUUCCUCCCAGAUCCCUCAGAUCAGCUACGCUUCUACCAGUGCCGAUCUCAGCGACAAGACGAGGUUCGAAUACUUCUCCAGAGUCGUCCCCCCUGACAACUACCAGGCCCAAGCUAUGGCGGACACUGCCCGGGCCCUGGGCUGGACAUACGUCAAUACCCUGGCCGACUCAGGAACCUACGGGGAGAAGGGCAUCCAGGCGUUUGUGGAGGCCACCAAAAAUUCCGGUCUCUGCAUUUCUCGGACGGAGAGCAUUCCGCGGGGAGCUGACGACGCGAAGGUUCUAUCUAUGGUGGAGAAUUUGUUCAAGGGAGGGGAGAAUAACGCAAAUGCUAUCAUCAUGUUUGCCAAUGAGGACAACUCUAGACGUGUGGUGAAGGCGAUCAAAACGCUCAACAUGACAGACCAGAUCCACCUUCUCGCCAGCGACAGCUGGGGCGCUAAAGUACAUCCGGUGCAGAAACAGGAAGCGGAAGCUGUUGGGACCGUCACCAUUUUGCCAAAACGCAGCGUUAUCCCUGGAUUUGACGACUACUUUUUAAACUUGACCCUGAACAACUCAAGAAAUCCGUGGUUCAAGGAGUUUUGGGCUGAUAUAUUCAACUGCAGUGUGGGGGAUUUCCGGAAAGGAGCGAAAAAAUGUACAGGAGCGGAAGAUCUACGGAACUGGUCAGCGUACAAGCAGGAAGGUCUGGUCCAAUUUGUCAUCGACUCGGUCUUCGCACUUGCCCAUGCCGCUCACGACAUGCUUAUGGCUCACUGUCCGGACACGCUUGUCAGAUGUCCGGCCCUCAAGCAGCUUAGUGGACCAGAGUUCUUGCAGUUUAUACGGAAUGUUACUUUUCAAGAACUGCAGAAUACAGCCGGCACGCUGGAAAUGGGCAAAGCAAGCUGUCUGGGAGAUUCAGAAUUGCGAGCGCCAAAAAUCUCAUACGAAACUAAACUAAGAACUCAAUAUGAAUAUUAUAUCCCUCAAGUAACCCACUUUGUUGUUUCCUUUGUCUUCAGACUGUACCUAAAUAUGAGCGCCCUGCGGUGGAAGAACGGGUCACGGCGUAUUCCGACCUCCAUCUGUAGCGAGCCCUGUCAGUUUGGGCAGUCCAAGAUCACGGGACGGGAGUCCUGCUGUUGGAUGUGUGUCUCUUGCAAGGAAAACGAAUAUCUUCCCAAUGAAACCAAGUGCGUCGCCUGCCCUACAGAUUCUCGCCCAAACGCGACCUUGACCGGGUGUGAGAGGUUACCUAUCGUGACCUUGGUGCCAGCGAGUGUCUGGUUCGUUCUACCAGUUGCUUUUUCUCUAGCAGGAGUUCUGUGCACAAUCUUCGUGUUUGGCGUGUUCCUGGUCUUCAACCGCACCCCAAUCAUCAUGGCGUCCGGCAGGGAACUGUGCUACAUCCUACUCUUCGGCAUCGCCCUGUCUUAUUGCACGUCCGUGGCCAUGCUCGCCCGCCCCUCCCCGCUCACCUGCGCCGUGCGGAGACUGGGCCUGGGUGUGUCCCUGUGCUUUGUCUACGCCGCCAUACUCACCAAGACUAACAGGAUAUAUAGUCCUAAUGGUCCCAUGAUUGUGGGAGCUUUCACCUGGCUCGGCUUCGAGAAACCCAACGUGACCCUUAUUCUGGUUCAGAAAAACACCCUGGUGCUCAAAUGUCGAGCGAGUCAGGUGGCGACCAUCGUGUCUCUCUUCUACAACAUCUUCCUCAUCAUCAUGUGCACGGUGUACGCUUUCAAGACGCGGAAGAUCCCCCAGAACUUCAACGAGGCAAAGUACAUCGCAUUCACAAUGUACAGCACAUGUAUUGUGUGGCUUGCUUUCGUGCCCAUUUAUUUUGGGGCAAACCACGAUUUCAAGGUAUGUUGUGUUCUGUGUUUGACCAUCAAUAAUUUAUUUAUAGAGGCACUAGCCAUCCAUGUACAGGUGCUGUUUUAG